AUGGCUACCCAAAUACAUGGACAUUCGGCGGCCUCCAUUAGCGAAAACCUGGAAUUAGAAGAGAAUGAUAUCGUUGAAGAUUAUGAUGAAGAGAUGGGUACGUCUUCUUCUUGUGGCUGUUUCCGGGGACUUUGCUUUGGAUGGUGCCCGGAUAACAAUGUCACCCGUAGACAUCUACUUCUGCAACAACACGGAGAGAGAGAGGAAAACUGGGUGGCGAAUAAGCUGAGGCAGGUCAAGCAGUUUUCGGAGGUGUUGGGUGGGCCGAAGUGGAAGGAUUUUAUUCGAUUUUUCAGUCUGCGUGCAGGAAUUAACAAGAAAAGGAGGAAUCAAUAUCGCUACGAUCUGCAGAGUUACGCGCUUAAUUUUGAUGAUGGAAUAAAUAGAGAAGAAGAUUGUGCAUAA